GUGUCGCGCACAAGCAACCGUGAACAAACAUUGACCAAGCACGCACUGCGCUCCGACUGCUCGCCGCAACAUUCUUAGCGUAAAAGUUAACGUGAAUGGUUUACUCUAUGUAAUUUGCGAUUCGAGUUGAUAUUUCUAAGAUUUUCUAUCGAAUAAUAUAGUGCGAACGAACUAUAAACAUAUAACGAAAUUAUAAAACCUCUGUGCACAAUGACUGCUGCUGAAUCGAAAAAUGUGUUUCUAAUGAAAAUGAUGCAAGUUGAAAAAUUCACACAGCGCACAAUUAUUACACGCAACGUCAAUGUUCAUUAAUGAAAAAAAUGAGUAGAAAUUCAAGCCGUAGAAUUCUCGAGUUUCACGAUGACCACUGCUGCACGGGAAAUGUCAUCGGCAAUUUCCGACGCUCUUCCUCACUGCGGCUGCGCGGCGAGAAAAUGGUGCAGCGGUCACCAUUAUCUACAAGAAAAUUAAUACCAAUAAUCACGGAAAAUUCACACCACAAAACCCGAAGCGAUGGCUCUCGACUACCAGAGCCAAGCCAUCGUCCUCGGAGCCAUUCAUUUAAUUCAAAUAAUCAGGGCAAACCCAGAAAAUCUUGCCUUAAACCACAGGAUCCCUGCUUAGAUAGGAAUCUGAGUAUGACUGAUUCAGCUCAUACACCACCAGGGUCACCAGAAGAUUUACCUGAUGAUGAAUCUUUGCAUAGUUAUGGUAGUGCCGCCACUGCUGCCUCAGUUGAUGCAGGCUAUGCCCCAUUUAAUGGAACCACCUUCAGCGGCAGGUCUAUGCGAUAUGUCCUUCAUUGCUCUUCUCAUGCUGGCCUGGCAGGAGACGAAUAUCUUACACCAACACAAAGAGCACAGAAACAGAUCCGCCGGUUAAAAGCUUUACUUUGCCAAGCUAAAAAGGAUUUGGAAAAAAAGGACAGCGAAAUAUUCCAUCUCACAAAAGAAGUAGUAGAACUACGAUUGUACAAAGCUUCAAUAUGUUCCCCUGAUGAGAAAUCCAACUCUAGUGAAAUGGUGACAAUAAGGGAAAAUGCUGGUGAAGCCUCAAUAGAGGAGAGUAUCAAAUGCAAAGAGUCAUGCAGACAGUAUGAUGUAACCGACAGUCCUCUGUUUAAAGAUCAGACACCCACAAGAUGCCGCAAUGAAAUGCAAGGUUCAUUCACUGACUCUGGUCAUUUUGAAGAUUUGACAAAUUCAUCACUACACUCUAAAGAGUCUGUUCUGCUCACACAUGAUGUGUCUUGCAUGACCGAAGGCAAUGAUAGUGAAGAGGAACGCCGCAUCCUUAUUUCUUAUUAUGAAAAUAAGAUUGAGACUAUGAUGAGAUCGCAUGUAGGGGACACACAGGAAAUCAAAAAAGCCCAUAAUGAUAAAGUUGAAGCAUUAUUACAGAAGUUGGCAGAUGUUAACACUCGCUACUCAGAAUUACUGCCUAAUUAUGAGCAAGCUAAAGAGAGAAUUCAUACAUUGGAGAAACAGUUGGAGGAUGCCAGCAAACAGCUUGAGGAUGAAGAAGGCAGGCACCGUGCAAUGUACCUACAGAUGUACAACAAAGGAGUUGAGGCUGCUAAAUUUGAAACAGACAAAGAAAGUGAAACUGAUGUAGCACAAGGUCAGCUAAACCGAGUAUCAGUGGAAGAAUUAUUGACGCAGUUGCAAAUUACCCAGACUGAGCUCGAAAAUGUCAGAGAUUCGGCAUUCACAACGGACCGCUCGACAAAGUCACAAGCACUUCUAAGUGCAAAGGAGGCUGUUUCUUUAUGGGUCCUAGGAGCUCGCAAGGCAAUGUACCGUCGUAUUGUGGAGUCGCAGAAAGGCAAUAAGUCAAAUGUAGACCCCGAAAUAACACUCCAGUUCCUGAAGUCAGCAAUAUAUUAUUUUCUCACGGACCCAGAGAAUCAUCAAGGUCAUCUCAAUGCUAUCGAAAAUAUUCUCGGCUUUACCGAAGCCGAAAAAAAGAAUAUUCGCAAGGCCAGAGCAACAUAAGUUGAUUCGGGGAACUGCUGUGAAAGUGUGAUAAUUAUUUCUCCCAUAAGUACCCUACAUCAUUAUUUGCUACUUAUUAUUGAGCAUGUCUUAAAAGACAAUACAUAAUGUCAUAAUAAUGUUUUUCGAGAGCACUUUAUUUAUUUAAGUUAGAAGAUACUUAUUUACUUUAUAGCAUGUAAUGCACAU